AUGAUCUUUGAAGCACUUAAAGAAAGCCGCUCAGGAGCCCCAGCAAGUGCUGACGAGUAUCUGCCGGUGCUGAUUUAUGUAAUUCUGAAAGGCAAUCCACCACUGAUUCAGUCCAAUGUUAAAUUUAUCAGUCGAUUUGCGCUGCCCAACAGAGUCAUGAGUGGUGAAUCAGGUUCUUAUCCACUGGUUUUACUUGUCAAAAUUAUUUCUGCAGCGAUUUAUUCAAAUGCAAAUAGACUUUAA